AUGGAUUGGGAAAAGAAGUGCGAGUUCAACUUUAACUUGCACAACAUCAUUGGAGACAACCGUGUCAAGCUAGCCGUCUCGGAGUUCAACGAUUAUGCGUUGAGAUGGUGGGAACAAAUCAUUUUAGCGCGCGAGAUUGGUGGUGCCUUUGAGGUUACUACUUGGGAAGAAAUGAAGCGCAUCAUGAGGCAGCGAUUUGUCCCUGGCCAUUACCAACGUGAGCUACACUCCAAGCUCAGGAAGCUUACUCAGGUUCCAAGUCUGUGGAAGAAUAUUACCAGAGAUGGAGGUAAUGCUUUGCGCGCCAAUGUGGUUGAAGAUCGCGAGGCCACUAUGUCUCGAUUCCUUGGAGGCUUGAACCGUGAGAUACAAGAUAUUGUGGAGAUGCAAAAUUGUGUGGGUCUUGAAUCCAUGUUCCACAAGGCAGUCUUGGCCGAGACACAAUUAAAGAGGAGAAGCUCCACUCGAUUCAAUUCAAAACCGCGCAGACCAACCUUUCACCGCGACACCAAGUCCUUUCGCGCCCAAGACAGAAACCAAACCUCUGGCUACUAA